CUGCCUCCGCGAGCGAGCGAGCGGUGCCGAGCGAACCCCGGCAGUUUAAAUCGCUUUGACACUUAUCACGUGUAACGCCAAUAAGACCGGCUCUUGAAAGAAGAGAGAGAACGUCGCGGAGGAGGAGGAGAAGGAAAGGAGCGAGCAGGAGGAGGAGAGGAGAGCGGUGGGAGGACGAGGCGAGUGUGUAGUCCAAUCUGUUCGGUGUGCACAUGAGUGGCGUAGCGAGGCCAGUGAGCGCGAGGCAGGUUGUGAAUUCCUCCACCUUCCUUCCCUAAUUUCGUUUCUUUUCUCCCCGGAGCGGACGCAGAGGUCUGCGACUAUGGAAGAUGUCUACCCUUACAGCCGCAGCCCAGCCUGGGAGGAACUGGAGCCGGAGAAAGGGCCGCCGUCCGCGGCGGGGAUCCAUGCCCAUGUGGUGGGCGCUGUCGCCGGCUCCGGCGCUACGGAGGAGUCCUCCGAUAGCGAGGCAGAGCAGGAAGGCCCCCAGAAACUAAUCCGGAAAGUGUCCACCUCAGGGCAGAUCAGGAGCAAGACGAGUAUAAAGGAGGGAUUGCUGUUGAAACAGACUAGCUCAUUCCAGAGGUGGAAAAAGCGCUACUUCAAACUGAGAGGACGAACUCUCUACUACGCCAAAGAUGCCAAGUCCCUUAUCUUUGAUGAGGUGGAUCUGUCGGAUGCCAGCGUUGCAGAGUCCAGCACUAAGAAUGUCAACAACAGCUUCACAGUGAUCACUCCAUUCCGUAGGCUCAUCCUCUGUGCUGAGAACAGGAAAGAGAUGGAGGACUGGAUCAGCUCGCUCAAGUCCGUUCAGUCCAGAGAGCAUUACGAGACAGCACAGUUUAAUGUGGAACAUUUCUCAGGGAUGCACAACUGGUACGCCUGCUCCCAUGCACGGCCCACCUUUUGCAACGUUUGUAAGGAUAGUUUGUCUGGGGUAACAUCUCAUGGCCUCUCCUGUGAAGUGUGCAAAUUCAAAGCGCACAAACGCUGUGCUGUCAGAGCCACCAACAAUUGUAAAUGGACCACCCUGGCCUCCAUAGGGAAGGAUAUCAUUGAGGAUGAGGAUGGGAUUGCAAUGCCUCACCAGUGGUUGGAAGGCAACCUGCCUGUCAGUGCCAAGUGUGCUGUGUGUGAUAAGACGUGUGGCAGCGUGCUGAGACUUCAGGAUUGGCGCUGCCUCUGGUGCAAAGCUAUGGUGCACACAGCCUGCAUGGACUUAUAUCCACGCAAGUGUCCCCUAGGUCAAUGCAAAGUCUCCAUCAUCCCCCCUACUGCUCUCAACAGCAUCGACUCAGAUGGCUUCUGGAAGGCCACCUGUCCCCCGUCAUGUGCCAGUCCCCUCCUUGUCUUUGUCAACUCCAAAAGUGGCGACAACCAGGGAGUGAAGUUCCUACGGCGCUUCAAGCAGCUUCUGAACCCAGCUCAAGUCUUUGACCUGGUCAACGGUGGGCCACACCUUGGUUUGCGCCUGUUUCAGAAGUUUGACAACUUCCGAAUCUUGGUGUGCGGAGGUGAUGGCAGUGUGGGAUGGGUCCUCUCAGAGAUCGACAAACUCAAUCUACACAAACAAUGCCAGCUGGGGGUGUUGCCCUUGGGCACCGGCAAUGAUCUGGCGCGAGUGCUUGGCUGGGGCCCGUCAUGUGACGAUGACACCCAGCUGCCUCAGAUCCUGGAGAAGCUAGAGAGGGCCAGCACCAAGAUGUUGGACCGCUGGAGCAUCAUGACCUACGAGAUUAAGAUCCCACCCAAACACAGCUGCCCUACCACGCCUGAAGGAGCUGAUGACUGCCAGUUUCAUAUUUCAACCUAUGAAGAUUCAGUAGCUACUCACCUCACAAAGAUCCUCAACUCUGAGCAGCACUCUGUGAUCAUCUCCUCUGCCAAAAUUCUGUGUGAGACAGUGAAGGAUUUUGUUGCCAAAGUGGGGAAGGCGUAUGAGAAAAGCACUGAGAAUGCUGAGGAGUGCGACUCUAUGUCUCUCAAAUGUGCCAUCCUCAAUGAGAAACUGGACUCCCUCCUCCAGACCCUCAACACAGAGUGCCAAGCUCUACCUCCACUCCCCCUCUCCACUCCACCUAUUGUAGAGGAGGAACAGGAGGAGGAGGAAGAGGAGGAGGAGGCCAGUGAAGAGAGCCUGACAGAGCUGAAGGAGAAACUGGAGGAGGAGGAGACGGAGAAAGGAGUGGCAGGAGGUUCGCCGCACCAGCUGUUCAAAAGCAGGGAGCAGUUGAUGCUCAGGGCCAACAGUCUGAAGAAAGCAGUUCGACAGGUCAUAGAACAGGCAGAGAGAGUGGUUGAUGAGCAGAAUGCCCAUACGGAGGACCCAGAGCUUCCAUCCCCUUUGGAGAAGGACAGCGAGGACGAGAACAGAGACAGUGAGAAAGAUGAGGACACUAAGGAACUGGAAGCAGUGUCAUCUGCUAAGAGUCCCUGUUCUCCAACGGAGAGGAGAGUGAGCCGUAGCACCCAGUCCUAUAGCUCCUUCACCAUCACACCCUUCACCACCAGCAAGGAGAACCUCCCUGUACUCAACACACGCAUCAUCUGCCCAGGUUUGCGAGCAGGUUUGGCUGCCUCUAUUGCUGGCAGCUCUAUCAUUAGCAAGAUGCUGCUGGCUAACAUCGACCCUUUCGGGGCCACAUCAUUCAUCGACCCUGACCUGGACUCUCUAGAGGGCUAUAUGGAGAAGUGUGUCAUGAACAACUACUUUGGCAUUGGCUUGGAUGCAAAGAUCUCACUGGAGUUUAACAACAAGCGAGAGGAGCAUCCAGAGAAAUGCAGAAGUCGUACCAAGAAUAUGAUGUGGUAUGGUGUUCUGGGCACUAAGGAGCUGCUGCAAAGAACCUACAAGAACCUGGAGCAGAAGGUCCAGCUGGAGUGUGAUGGACAGUACAUCCCACUGCCCAGCCUUCAAGGGAUAGCAGUGUUGAACAUUCCUAGCUACGCAGGCGGGACCAACUUCUGGGGCGGCACCAAGGAGGAUGAUAUAUUCUGUGCUCCAUCUUUCGAUGACAAGAUCCUGGAAGUGGUUGCUGUUUUUGGGAGCAUGCAAAUGGCUGUGUCCAGAGUAAUCAAAUUGCAACACCACCGCAUAGCACAGUGUCGAACUGUGAAGAUUACGAUCCUGGGUGAUGAGGGGGUCCCCAUUCAGGUGGACGGUGAGGCCUGGAUCCAACCGCCUGGAGUCAUCAAGAUCCAGCACAAGAACAGAGCACAGAUGCUCACCAGAGACCGGGCAUUUGAGAACACACUGAAGUCAUGGGAGGACAAGCUCAAGUAUGAUAAGCCUCCUUUGCGACCUCACCUCUACCCUCAGCAGUCUGUGGAUCUGGCCACAGAGGAGGAGGCAGGCCUGGUGCAGAUCUGUGCCCGGGCUGCAGAAGAGCUCAUUACAAGGAUAUGUGAGGCUGCAAAGACGAACGGGCUCCUAGAGCAGGAACUGGCUCACGCUGUUAAUGCUGCAUCACACGCCAUCAACAAAACACACCCGAAGUUCCCCGAGAGCCUUACUCGGAACACAGCCAUUGAGGUGGCCAGCACUGUGAAGGCACUCCACAAUGAGACCGAGUCUCUUCUGUUGGGCCGAGUCUCUCUACAACUGGACCCACCAGAGGAGGAGCAGCUGUCCAGCGCUCUGCAGAGCGUGGAGCUAGAACUUGGGAAACUGGGAGAAGUCCCCUGGCUUUACCACAUCCUGCAGCCCAAUGAGGAGGAGGAUCACUCUCUGGGUUACGGCAAGAGGAACAGUCGCAGCAGCAUGUUUCGCAUAGUGCCCAAGUUCAAGAAGGAGAAGGCCGCCAAGAAGACAAGCCCUCAAUCAGUGGAAAGAUGGGGCACAGAGGAGGUGGGCAUCUGGCUGGAACAGCUGAGUCUGGGGGAGUACAGAGACACCUUCAUCCGACACGACAUCCGAGGCUCGGAGCUGCUGCACCUGGAGAGGAGGGACCUGAAGGAUCUGGGGAUAUCGAAAGUGGGUCAUAUGAAGAGAAUUCUCCAGGGAACUAAAGACCUGGCCAAGGCCUCCAUGAUUGACCUCUAACCCAGGAGCAAAUGCUACCAGAAAGGGGAAACAUGCAUUCCUCCUGACAUUAGUGGAAGUGUUUGGGAGCACCAUAGGCAGUGAUGGAAGAGAUAUGUAUUGAAAGAGAGACGGAUAUUUGAUCCCUCUGCUGAGAAAGUCUGUGUGAUGUCGUGAUCAAGAUACAUGUGCGUGUGUUUGUUUGUUCUUUGGUGCCAAAAUGACAAUCGAGAACGCUGAUGGAAAUCGUGGAUCUUCACACACACAAAAAAGCCAUUUCUUAUCUAAUAACCAUUCAUAGCACAUAAUCAGGUAUGCAACUAACCUUACUGUUGACAGCUUGUUGUCUGAGCUGUGAUAACAAACUAGUAGCAAAACUAAGACUUCCAUAGGUGUGGGGCUCUGCUUCAGUUGAGUCUGUGUAAAAAUAAAAAUGUAUUUGCUGGCUCUCUGCCUCACAUUACAGAGCUGCACAUGCAGAACGAUAAUCUGGACCAUGCAGGUGGUUGUCUGGAAGCUUUGUUUGAAAACAGUGGAAUAGUGUUGCAUGCUAUGCUUGCUCAACCUUAGAUGUGUUUAAUUGCAUGAUUAGUGUCUUGAUUUUUUGUGUGUAUGCGUGUGUGUGUGUGUGUGUGUGUGUGCAAAUUGACACUUGAACAAGUUUUACAUAACUUAAGUAUUAUAAUGCCAUUUGUUACUACUGAAAACAUCAUUUUUGAUCUAAAUCCAACUUUUUAUUCUAGCUUUAAAUUAUUUUGUUUGCAUGAUAAUGACAUGUUUAAAAGGUUUCUGUCAAGUGCCAUAUUUUGAAUCAUUUCGUGUAAGACGUGCUUUAAUGGUAGACACCGUAAGAAAUUUUUAAACAAGCUGUCGGUGAGUUAUGAUUAUAUGAAAUUAAUAAGUUGACACGUUCUCUGUGGAUGUGAAAAAUCAGUACCAAAGUGAAUGUCGAAGAAAUCAUCAGACGGUUUUGUCUUUAUUUAAUAAGCCAGUAGGUUUUAAGUCUUAAUUUCAUUUAAGGUGGGGAAAAGCUGUAUUAGUCAGGAAGAGAGUAAAACUGUUGGUCAGACGCCAACCACCUAUACUAUAGGGUUGUAGAGUUUUUUUAAAGGAAUUCUUAAACAGGCACUUUCUACUUCUUGCUUCAUGCAAGUGCAAAUCCUCAUAUCAUUACAUAGAGUUAACAGUUCACCUCAACUUUUUACCUUUUGGCAACUUAAUACAGUAUUUAACACUAUUGAGAAUAGGAGUUAGAUAUGAGUUUUGAAUAGAGCAGUUGAUCUGCAGUCUGCUUAACAUUGUUCAAGUGCAGCUUUUUCAGUUUUUUUUUCUCCUUCAAAUUCCAAGUGAGACUUUGCUAGAACGCUACUUCUACUUGUUAGUUUCAUUUAAGAAUGGUGGCAUUACAGGGUAUAUUUCUAUAUGUGAUGCUAAGUUUGUAUAUAAUUAUGCACUGUAUAUACAGUAUACCAGUGUAUGCAAACAAUGUUUGUAAGUGUAAUCUGAUGCAUUUGUAGAUUGCUGACAUGGCAUGCAUUGUCGACAGCCCACACAUUUGAUUGUGUAUAUUACACCAUACCAGUUGUUGUUGAUUUUGUUCCAAUCUCUUGUACAUGAUGAUGCUGUUGUAUUCUAAUGAUGGUGCAAUAUUUUAAUCUCUUGUUUUGAUACUGUCUCUGAAGCUUUCCAAACAUGAUGUUCCUCAGUGGGUAAAAAAAAAAAAACACCACAGAAAAACCUUGUAAAAGUUCUUUUGUACUCUUCCUCGAGGUUUGAGGAUUUUCAAAGUUAGACCCAGAGAGAGACAGACAGCUUUUUACUCCAGAUUUCUUCCAGUGGUUCAGUAGUUUAUAGUUUUGCUCCUUUGUGCUUCCAAGAUGAUACACUAAAGUAGGACUGUGCAAGCAAAUGGGAGGGAUUAGGCAGACAUGACUGUUGUGUACACUUCACGUAACCUGUUGUAACGUGUGCAUUCAAGUGUGUGUACUACAACAGUGGCAUAUUGUAACUUAGUACAGUUAUAUACUUUUGAUUUCCAGCUAAUUUUACAGUAUAAUUUAAAAUUUUGCCCCACCCAUAGACUAAUAUGCCAUCCUAGCAGAAUGUGAGCGAAACUUUGGAAUUGUGUGUUCCCUCCACCAGGGGGCAAUCUAUCACAUCUCACACCUCUACAGGCGUGGAUUACACCAUUAAACUGCAUUAUCUUCCAGCUCCUUAUGCUGACAAUCAGAUGCUCAUUGGCAUAAAUAAAGUUACAGUCCAAUUUGAGUUUUUAUCAUUCAGUGUUCAUAAAACUACAAAUUUGUCAGACCUUCCCAUGUUUUUAGUCUCAUAUGCCUUUUAUCCAUUAAAUAGAUGAGACUAUUUAAUGACAGUUAGCCUUUUGUAAACCAGAACCCUUUGUUAUAGAAGCCUUUCUGUUAGUAUGUGCUUUAUACAGUGCUAGGGUGCUCUACGCUGCAGCGCUCUUGAAGUUUGGCCUCACAUGUACUCUCAUCACGCCAGUCACCAAAAGCAAGUUGUGAAUGAUGCUGUUGCAGUUCAUGAGCUGUGUCGGUCUGCAUUAAUGGCAUCUGCAUGUCCAGGGUGUCUGCAAGGUUCUGUUAAUCUGAAGCAUUUUGGCCCCAGGCUCCAGCUUGACCUUGACAUAUACAAUGGAAGUUGCCACCUUUCUCCCUUGCUGUGUUUUUCAGUGGUCUGUAAAUAAUGCUGCAAACUGCCUGGUUUUCAAAAACCAAUGAAACCCAUGCAAGGAUCUCUAAAAGACAGAUUUAACACUUGGUGUGGUUAUCGAAGCAUUGGGAGAAAAAUGAGUUUCAUUUGUUUACAUUAUGUUUACAAUGGCACAGUUUUCCUUUUUAAGAAUAUAUAUGUAGGUAUAGACAAUAUUUGCAUAUUUAUUGCCUAAGGUUAAAUGAUAUGAUGUGUAUUGUGUUUUCACAUUUGGAAUAUAAUGUUACAGUUGUCACCUGUAUUACUAUCUGGAUGACUUUGGUAAAGUAGUUGAUCAUUUUUAUGACUACUAAGUGACUGUUUUCUGUGCCUUUUUAUGGUUAGAAUGCAUGGUUAACUAUUUAUUACAAUUUGGAGUCACUGAGAUGUGUAUUUUUGUAUUCUGAAUAAAUAAAUGGUUCAGCUUUUGUUGUACAUUUUUAAGGUGCCUUGAAUCAGGCUACCUAUUCAUAUCUCUCUUCUUCAAUAAAAUCGGAUACAUAUGCAAUC